CCCCGGCGGGGGACGGCAGCGCAGGCGCGGGGGCAGCGCGGCGGCCUUCCCGGCAGCGCCCGGCCGUCAGGAAGGUGCCCUGUCAGGAAGAGCGCGGUUUCUGUAGCCCUCUCCCUGCGCAGCCAGUGUAGUGUUUCAGUUUGGACAACAUAGAAGAGAAUGAAAAAAUACAAAAUUCACAGUACAGGAAUCUGCCUCUCCUUUACAGGCAAUGAAUGGAGAUCAUUCUUUCUAUCCAGCAUGGGGUUUUAUUAAAAAUGCACAGUAGGAAGCAGGCUCCAGUAAAAUAUUAUGUUGGAAUUGAUGUUGGGUCAGCAAGUGUUCGCGCGGCUUUGGUAGACGAGUUUGGGACAGUCGUGACACACGCAGAUCAGCCGAUCCAAAUAUGGGAGCCCCAACCAGACCACUAUGAGCAAUCAUCUGCUGACAUAUGGGCUGCUUGUUGCUUGGUCACAAAGAAAGUUGUCUGUGGAGUAGAUGCCAGCCAGAUUCGGGGGGUUGGUUUUGAUGCUACAUGUUCCCUUGUUGUUGUGGAUAAAAAGUUCCAACCUUUGGCAGUCAACUGUGAAGGACAAAACUAUAGGAAUGUUAUUAUGUGGAUGGACCAUCGUGCAGUCAGUCAAGUUGAGCGCAUCAAUGCAACGCAACAUAGGGUUUUGAGCUAUGUAGGUGGAGUGAUGUCUGUGGAAAUGCAGCCACCUAAAUUGCUGUGGAUAAAGGAAAACUUGCAAGAAUCAUGCUGGGAGAAGGCAGGCUACUUCUUUGAUCUUCCAGAUUUCUUGUCUUGGAAAGCCACAGGUGUCACUGCAAGGUCGCUCUGUACAGUAGUGUGCAAGUGGACGUACACUUCAGAUGGAGGUUGGGAUGACAGUUUCUGGAAAAUGAUUGGUUUGGAAGAUUUGGUGAAGGACAAGUAUGAAAAAAUAGGAAACCACGUCUUGUCUCCUGGAGAGCCUGUUGGAAAAGGUCUAAUGCCAGAAGCUGCAAAAGAUCUUGGUCUUCCUGAAGGGAUUGCAGUAGCAGCAUCUCUCAUUGAUGCACAUGCUGGAGGACUAGGAGUAAUUGGAGCAGAUGUGAAAGGACAUAACCUGCCAUGUGAGAACCAGCCGAUUACAUCCCGAGUUGCUAUGAUCUGUGGAACAUCUUCAUGCCACAUGGGGGUUAGUGAAACACCCAUUUUUGUGCCUGGUGUUUGGGGACCUUAUUUCUCUGCAAUGGUACCUGGACUGUGGUUGAAUGAAGGAGGUCAAAGUGCUACAGGAAAACUGAUAGAUCAUGUGGUCCGAGGCCAUGUCGCCUUCCCGGAAUUACAGUCAAAAGCUGCAGCCAGUGCUUGCAGUAUAUAUACAUACUUGAACAGUCACCUGGAUCUGAUUAAGAAAUCUUUGCCUGUGGGUUUCCUCACUGUUGAUUUACAUGUUUGGCCAGAUUUCCAUGGUAACAGAUCUCCCUUAACAGAUCUGACACUAAAGGGCAUGGUUGUUGGCCUAACAUUGUCUCGGGGUCUGGAUGAACUUGCCCUUAUCUACUUGGCCACGAUUCAAGCCAUUGCUUUAGGAACAAGACAUAUUUUGGAAACUAUGAAGGCUGCAGGGCAUCAUAUCGACACACUGUUUCUGUGUGGUGGGCUGAGCAAGAACCCUCUCUUUGUGCAGAUGCAUGCUGACAUUACUGGCAAGCCUGUUGUCCUGUCCAAAGAAGUGGAGUCUGUUUUGGUGGGUGCUGCUGUUCUUGGAGCUUGUGCUUCUAGGGAUUUUGCGUCUAUACAGCAAAGUUAUCAAGCGAUGUCAUGGACAUUUCCUGAUGUGGACUCUACUGCUUACUGAGCACCAAACUGCUUUCCCCAGAAGCAGCUAAGAUGUUCAAUGACUGUGGAGUAUACUUGCAACUAACCAGGCCUGGACUCAAAAGCAGUGACUUGGCAAUAGAAGAACUCUAUCCCUUUACCUCUUUCCUUGGUGUUUAGACACUGAAAUACAUCUUUGCCUAAUUGAAAGGUUUGGGUUUUUUUUUCUUGCAUAAUAAAGUUAGAUUCAAUAUGGCAUGCAUAAAACCACCAUGAUACUGGCAAUGCCUCUGGCUUUUGUAUAGAGUCAGCUGCCUUCUUACCAGAAAUCUUUAGAGAAAUAUAGAUGAGAGAGAAAAAUUAAAAGGCAGUGAUUUGAUGGCUACUCUCCAGUUCCUUGUGGCCUAGUGUUUAUGGUACAAAGAGUGCCUUUUUAGUUAGCAUAUUUUGGCCUUACUGUCAGAAGUCUUUGCAGUAAGGGUAAAAAGCAGAUGAAUCACAACUACUCUUUUGCCCUAAGGAUGAUCCUUCUGUAUUAAAGCUGAGAAAUAUAAAUGCUUGUCUGUCUCUGCCAAGCACAGAAUGAGCUUUCAAUCAGUUUGAGUGUGAUUUUUUUUUUUCACUUUUCAAGCCGCAAUAAAUAUACAGCAGCAUUUCUACUUUC